AUGUACUUCUUUAGAAACAAUAUCGAAGACAAAAACUGCUCUCUUGUGAAUGAAACCUGCAAAAGUUAUGAUAUCGAAACAAAAGAUAAGCUGGCUUACAGUAUUAUAGAUAGAUUGGUCAUCGGGGAAACGGAUAUUCCAACAAAUUUUGACCUCGCGUGUGGGAGUUAUUUAAAUUUCUUUAUCGACUAUUCCUACGUCACAAACGAUACAUCAUCUCACCUGUUGAAUGCUGAAGCAAAUGACUCUACAAUAAAUUCUGGAAGUUUUAACAUUGUGGCAGACAGCACGGAUCUUAACUCUUCAUUCCCUAAAGUUGUCGUAACCAUUUUAAAAUCUAAUUAUACGGCAAAUUUUCGACUUUUAGAGCUCUAUGCUAUAGAUUGCAAUAAUUCAACAUGUUCUUGUAUAGUAAACAUUACCGCAGCCAAUAAAAAUAACUGGCAACCAAAUUCAAAGAUUAAAAAUGUGGCUUUGGGUAGAAGCAACUACUUUGUCCAAUACAACUUCAUCAACCGCAACAUUAACAACGGCGAGAGCAACGUCAACUGCAGCUUCGUCAUCCACAACUUCAUCCACUACAACUACAUCAACCACAACUACAGCUACAUCAACCCCAACUUCAGCAACAUCAACAAUAACUACAACAACUACAUCACUAAAAUUGGCAUUGGUGUUGGAGCUGGUGCUUUGCUGUCAGUUGCUGCCUUUGUUCUGUCUCUGUACUGCUUGAAAAGACUAAAAGUUACAAAAGAACAGUCGGUGAGCUACGACAACAACUCAAAAAAUUUUGAAGAGUUGAAUGACAACAGCACAGAGAUCAUGGACGACCACUCUGAAAGUUUCAGCAUGGAACCAACUAUAUCUCUGCAGCAGUCGUUUAACAAUAAAUAUCCUAUAUCGCCUGUUAAUGAGAGCAGUAAUGGCAUUGGAAAGGAUAAAGUUAACAAGUAUAAAGCGGUAAGAAAAAAAUCAUCAAGAAACAAAACACCUCUAGUGGGCAUAACUGAAGACUUCAUGCAAGAUUCUGAAAUAUAUUAUCCGCUUGAUGACUCAACCAGCUCACCAAACCUUCAAGUUAAUGAAGUUGACGGACCAAUCAGCACGUUGAAUGAUCAACAUUUUCACGAAAAAGCAGAAAAGUUGCGCAGCCAGUUGACCAAAUCAUUCGGUUUGAAGUUGGACUACAGUCGAAGUUUAACCGAUGAUGAACAGAUAUUGAAAGUACCUUCCUCCCCCAGUCAAUAUCAACUCGGGAAGCAACAUUUUAAAAAAAUAUAUAAAAUCGUCCAAAUAGAGUUGACAAAUAAACAGAAAGUCAGAAGAGCAAAGACCUUUAACCUAGCUGGAAAUUAUCCACAACAAAUGAGUUACAAUGGAUCAUUCGCAAAUGCGAGCGCAAAUGCGGGUAGCACUGGUCGGGAUAUCGAUGGAAACUUGCUCUUUUGA